CCGUUUCGAGCUGUCAUUUAUUGUUUAACGUUGUAUAACCUCGAAAUAAGGCGGUCUGCGGUUUUUGGUGUUUAUUUCGAUUCGCUUUUCGUAAACAUACUUGGAAGCAGCUACAAUGACCGCGAUUCCACCUGUUAAUCAAUCAACCCUUCUACCUUUGGAAUUGGUGGAUAAAUGCAUCGGUUCCCGCAUUCACAUUAUUAUGAAAAAUGACAAGGAAAUGGUUGGGACUUUGUUAGGGUUUGACGACUUUGUAAACAUGCUUCUGGAAGAUGUGACAGAAUAUGAAAACACGUCGGAAGGACGACGAAUUACCAAACUUGAUCAGAUCCUUUUGAAUGGAAAUAAUAUUACCAUGCUGGUUCCAGGUGGAGAUAUGCCGGAUGCAUAACAUAUAUCGUAUUUGUAAAUCAAUAAAUAUUUAACUAAGUAUUGGAA